GCGAAGUGGGUAGAGAACUCGGGCUCGAAACCCUAACCCUAAACCCUAAAUCGUGAGCUUGCCAUCCAGCAGGCUCUCUUUCCGUUUCGAAGCGCGACUCCACCUCGCCGGAGCUCUUGCGAGCACACACCGCAACCAUGGGUAUCUCUCGGGAUUCGACUCACAAGAGACGGGCGACUGGAGGAAAGAAGAAAUCAUGGCGCAAGAAGCGCAAGUACGAGUUGGGAAGGCAAGGUGCCAUGACCAAGUUGUCUAGCAACAAGACUGUCAGGCGCAUCCGUGUGCGUGGCGGUAACUCUAAGUUCCGGGCGUUGCGUUUGGACACAGGAAAUUUCUCUUGGGGUUCCGAGGCUGUCACCCGGAAGACCAGAGUCCUGGAUGUGGUCUACAAUGCCUCCAACAAUGAGCUGGUCCGUACCCAGACUUUGGUGAAGAAUGCCAUCAUCCAAGUUGAUGCUGCUCCUUUCCGCACCUGGUACAGCCAGCACUACGGUGUUGAAAUUGGCAAGAAGAAGAAGGCGGCAGCCAAGAAGGAUACUGAGGACGCCGAAACCACAGAGGAAGAGAAGAAGAGCGCCCACGUGCAGAGGAAGCUGGCUAAGAGAUUGGAGGGCCAGAAGCUGGACUCCCACUUGGAAGAUCAGUUUGCCAGCGGCAGGCUGCUCGCCUGCAUUGCCUCCCGCCCUGGCCAGUGCGGCCGUGCUGACGGGUACAUCUUGGAAGGUAAGGAGCUUGAGUUUUACCAGAAGAAGAUCCAGAAGAAAAAGGGCAAGGGUGCCGCCGCCUAGGCUUUUGGUAGUCAUUUGAUAGGACUAUUCUGGUGUGCCUUGUCGAGGCUAUGCGAAACCUAUUGAUUCAGGUUUUUUCAUAAUGGAAAAUUUCUCGCAAUCAGAAUCUGCAUUGUGACAUUACCUGAGGAUCUUCAACACA